AUGCUAAUCAUCAAGGGGGGCCAUGAAAGCAAAGACGACCGCUGCCUCGCCGACCUGCGUCUUACUGAUCCUCGCCACGACAAGACACGCAUUGAGCGGAUCAAAGGCGGCCUCUUGCAGGACUUGUAUCACGGGAUCCUCGACAACCCCAACUUUCAGCAAUGGCGCGAUCGCCCAGAGAGCGGGCUGCUCUGGAUCAAGGGCGACCCCGGCAAGGGAAAGACCAUGCUGCUCUGCAGUAUUAUCAACGAGCUGAAAAAAUCCACCCAGCCUGUAUUUUUGUCCUUCUUUAUCUGCCAAGGCACCGACUCCCAUAUCAACAGUGCAACCGCCGUACUGCGCGGCCUCCUCUACCUGCUCAUUGACCAGCAGCGGUCCCUCCUCUCCCACGUGCAGAGUGAGUACGACCGUGCAGGCGAAACCCUCUUCAAAGAUGCAAAUACCUGGGACGCCUUGUUGUAA